AACAUUACAAGACAGGUUGUCUAGAUUUUCGACAGGUUGUAGAGUUCUAGUCUAGUGCAAGUUUUAGCGAUCACCUAGUUUUGUGGAUGUCACUGUGUUCUUGAGUAGAAGGUAAACCAACUUAGGACGGUCAUUUCACAGGGAAGUUUCUUACAGCUGAAAAAAGCCCCCAUCACUAAUACUGCUGAGAUAGUUGGACAGAAUAACUUCGGGAUUUUAUAUCGCCAUAUUAUUUGUGAGUUUUGGCAGACAGCACUUGAGGUUAACCGCUGAGCACGUGCAACAUGUGUGACCCGGAUGUGGAGAAGGACCUGUGCUGUAUGUUUGAGCGGUACGUGGUGCUGGCGGCGGCGGGUAAGAAGCUCACCGCGGCCGAGAAGAAGGUGGCGACGGAGAAGGCGAUUGGGAUGUUACUCAAGGACAGUCUGGGGGACAAGUUCAAGAAGAUAAACGAGUCCAGCGUCUUCCCCAUACACAAAGACAAAACAAAAGGCAGCUCCAGCUUCAACAAGGUCCACCUGGAGAAGUUCUGCUGCGUCGAUUACUUCGCGGACCUGGCCGCGUGUCGCAUAGAGCGAGACGAGAAGUGCAAGCGGCCCGCGAGAGACGACGAGAGGGUCCAGAGCGAGGCUCACGACCUGAUGAUGAAAGUGGCAGAGAAAGCGAAAGAAGACCACACUGGCAAAAGAGCAUCCGCCUCUGGAACCGCCGCUAGUGUGACGGACAGACUAACGGACGCCAGUAAAUACACGGGGUCCAGCAAGGAGCGGUUCGACGAGUCUGGACAGGGGAAGGGGAUCGAAGGUCGCGUGUACAGGGUGGAACACACGGGUUACGUCGGCCAGUACAAGGGUCAAGGCUCUUUCGCCAAAUAGACACACACACACACACACACGCAUCCACACCACCCUACUACCACGGAAUACUGAGUCAGCGUCAGUCUUCAACACUGUUUGUCUUCUUAGAUGUUAUAGAAUAAUUAUAGAUAUUGUAGCGAUUAAAUAUGGACGUGGUUUUCUCAUUGAUACAAUGUAUAAUAGAUAGAGAACAAGCAUAUUCGGUAAACCUCUUCGCUAAAGAAUAUAAAAGGUUGUGUGGGGUGCUGGGAAUACUGAGGAGGGAUAAAGUUUUCACUAACAACGACACGCGUGGAAUAAAUUACGGUAUUGUGGCAUUAAUUAACAAAACGAUCCUUACAAAACCAUAUUGUAUGACAAUAUUAAUUGUUGCGUGCUCCAGUUCGUGAAAAUGAUAAUUUGUUGAAUACUAUUAGCCCUCAAAUGUUCAUCUUAGGUGCCUGAUAAUACCAACAACUGGAGGGGCCACUAAUAUAUUACUACGCAUUCCGGGGGGGGGGGGGGGGGGGGAGACAGUGUAUUAUUUUCAGGACAAUGCCCACUGCCCCUUUUCCCCAACUUCCAAUGCCUAUGUUCACUUUGAUAAUUUAUGUACAUGAAGUAUGUUAAGGUCUCACUACACGAUUUAUUUUCUAGUUAUUUUUUUAUGCAUCGUGGUUCCUAACUGUUAGAGUUUGGUGGUGGAUAUAUCCAUUUCUGGUAAUUGAAAAAUAAGCUAAUUUGUAUUGAUUUUAAAUGUAUGCCCUCUGUGUGGAUUUACACAUGAUGUUUGUGUAAAUCUGACCGACACAACGGUUAUCUGCGAUCAAUCCAUGAACUGUCUACAGGAGGACAGCCACUCCCGAGGAAAUUCAUCACUGGACUCUUGCACUGCCACAAGAAGGACUGCCACUCCCAUACCGGUUUACUAAAACAAAACUGUGCAUACGUAGUGGCAUACGUAGUGGCAUGUGUACUGGCAUACGUAGUGGCAUACGUAGUGGCAUACGUAGUGGCAUGUGUACUGGAACAACAGAUACAGCAGUGAACUCGUGCAGGAAUCAAGUAGCUAACAACUGGGAUAUAAAUAUUCUCCAUUUAAUUGAAUAUGGAUUUCCAUGGCAGAUGGCCUCUGUACGUGUAGUGAGACCUUAUAAUUGCAUUACAUGUACUGUGUUAAAUAUUCGACUGUGUAGAAGUCUAUAGAUUAUGCAUCAACUACUAUUGUCUCAACCGCAAAUUACACAUUUGAGCAAAUACGUUAAAAAUAAAUAAUGUUUUUAUAACUAUUAUUCUCAUGCCCGUACGGUUGAUCUUGAAACAAGGGGUUCUGUGUGGGGUGUCUUUAGUGUUUACAUCUCUGUGUAGGGCCAUCUUUAACCCCUCUAUAUAUCGGUAUAUAAUAUGUAUGUUAAGGGUACACGCCUUAGAUCUCAAAAUGGAACAAAUGUACAUGAUUCAGAUACAUUUAUAUGGGCUCGUUCGAAUUCACGUCCCUGUCCCACGCCCUGAAGGGUAUGACUUCUUACUACUAUUGAACGAAUUAAACUAUUAGGCUA